AUGGGUGACAAAAAGAGUUUUAGCCUGCAAGCUGUCAAAUGGUUUCUCAUAUGCAUGUAUGGGUGCAAUUGGGUGUACUCCCUGGUCUUCAUCAUCACCGGUAUUCUGCACUACAAUACCGUUGAGUCAGACAUCCAGGUGUUCAAAGAGGAAGUCCGUGAUUUUUCUGACAGUUAUGAUCCAAAGGCAAUAUUUUUUAUUGUAUUGGGAUUUGUGAGUUUGAUCCUGAUGACUUACGUAAUAUACGUGACAUAUUAUGAGCACCCAAAACAGAGCACCGGUAUCGCGGUUUUAUUUAUCCUGAUGUUUGCCAUUAAUAUACUGUUUGGUGAGUUGAGUGUGAAGGUGACGGUCGGCGCGAUUUUGACGGUAUUUAUGGCUACACUCUAUGCAUAUCUCGUCGACAAACAAAUGAAAGUAAAUGCCCGCAGAGGGGCACAGGAUAUGGAAAUGGAUGUUAAUGGCUGUCCAAUUUACGUGUGAAUUAUUAUGUAUUG